CGGAAGAAGUUGGGAAUGGACGGCGCCUUAGGGUAUUGCUGCAUGCAGGAAUUGGGCGUCAUGGACUCAUGGCCAGGGAGAAGACCCCCAAAGGUCGGUUCAGAGGCUCGCGGUGACUGGCUGAGAGGGAGAUCAAUGUCAGGCCAAGGCAAUAACCGCCGACCCACGCUCUCCCACGCCCCAACACGGAUGCGGAAGACUGGGCGGAUGGUCGCCGAUGAGCGAAAGAGGAAACACGGAGUACAAAGACCGCAAUGUGAUAUCGAUGAGACAAGCCGGACUUUAGCGUUCAAUCGAGACCUUUAG